AUGGCACACCUCUUGCGUCCUUCAUCCUCCUCUCCCCGCCCACAGAUCAUCCACCUGUUCGAAAAUACCUCGAGUCCGGAGAGAGCUGAUCCCGAUCUUCAGCCUCACAUUCUUCCACAGCUUCUUCUGGCUCGUCCACAUUUGUGGGACGUGCAGCAUAGCGUCAUGGAGGCACUUCUCGAUCAUUUAAGACCUGGGUCAGCUCACAGUGACAACGAAUCUCAGCCGAACCAGACGCAAGCAAUUGGACUAUGCUGUAUCUUUAAAUAUACCUUGCUUUAUAUCCUCGUGGUGUUGGAGAGGAGUGAGGGUGAUGUUUUGAGUAGACUGACCGCGGAUUCGAGUCUUGUCGGAGAGAGUCUGUUGGCCGUAAGUGCCAUAAACACAGACGCGCUGGGGCAUAUGCUCUUCAGGAUUCUGCCACGAGGGGGCAUUGAGGUCGACGCUUCGCGCUAUGGGACGGUGAGGUUCGAGAACAUCGGAUUUGGGUAUCCCAGUCAGAAGGGCGUGCAAAUCCUCGAUAAUUUCAAUCUCGAGGUUGGCGUCGGAGAGAGCGUGGCAAUUGUGGGGAAGAGUGGUGGUGGCAAGUCGUCCAUACAAUCGUUGCUUCUGCGGUACUACGGUCCUGUUCGUGUGAAAAUGACAUUUGAUGGCCAGGGUGGGAUAUAUAUCCGUGAAUUCAACCCUUCAUCAUGGCGCAGCAUAAUCAGUAUCAUUCCCCAGGCAAGUGCUCCACAUUCCUUCACUGAGUCGUCCUUAUCUGACAAUGAGAAGGAACCUUUUGUGCAGAUGGUGAAAGAGGCUAAAGCACUGCACGCAAAGAUGUAUUUAAACUACAAAAUUGACCCACCUUUCGCUGGUGUCUACCGUGUCGGGAAGCAAGACGAAACCAUAGAGUCCUUGAACGUCAAGCAAGGUCAAUGUUUGCUCCUACACAUCGCUACUGCAAACAUGAACGUGAACAAAGACCCAUGGCCAGCAUACACAGUCUGUAACAGCGCAAUACCGGGCGAUGAUUUCAACGGCGGAAACGAAGCCCUAAACCCACGCGCAUUACAACAGGACGGCCAAACCUUCGGUUUAUGCUACCCUCCAUCUGCUGUUGAAACUGCAAUCUCUCGCGGGAAGGACGACGAAGGCAAGAGCGCAAUCGAGAUGGAUCAGACAUACAGUUGCGGGACCCACCAAUAG